AUGCAGAUCACGCCGGCCUUCAUGGACCUCUCUUCCCCGAGUAUCAAAUCAAAACCCCCACAGAGCGUCCCCGACAGACAUAUAAUUGACCCCGUGGGCCCUCCAGAGAGCCAAUUACUCCAUUCAAACGUCUUGAUGGGUGCAUCUACCUCGGGAGAUUGGCAAAGCCCCGCCCAGGCUCAAUUAGAGGCUAGCUUGAUGACAUCUGCGGAAACACCGGGUUCAAACCGAACUCGGCCUGCUCGUCGGACCACUCAACCGACAAGUCUUGAUGUCGAACCUGUCGCAGUAACCACAAAAUCCAAAACGAGAAAGUCAAAGGCACCGACUAAGCGGAAACGCCUGAUUCGGCAGAUAAACAUAGUGUGCACAGGCUGCUAUCGAGGAAAUAGCCCUUCAAACAACUUCAUUGUGCUUUGUGAUGGGUGUGACAGACCAUGGCACCAAAAAUGCCAUAACCCUAAUAUUGGAAACGAAGUCGUUCAUAUAGCAGACAUGGAUUGGUUUUGCAGCAAGUGCAACCCAAACCAACCGCGCCAGCUCAAAGCCAAAAAGCCCCCGGUCAAGAAGCCCGGACCUGCAAAGAUCACAAUGCCUCCCCAAAAACUUGGCCGAUGCCACUCAGAGGAGGAGCGCCGAGCGUAUCUUUCAUCGCUUUCACACGACGCACUGGUGCAACUCCUGCUCCGAAUCUCAAAUGAGUGGCCCCUCGUCCCUAUCUUUCCUCCCGGCAUGCAAAUGGCUUCCGAAGCACCAGCUGCCCCUGUGGCUCUCAGCAACGUCGUCAAUCAACCCCCCAUCUCUUCCAAUGUCGAUCAGGCUCAGGCCUCUGCCACACAACCCACCCUCGGAGCUCUGUCCCACCUCGCAUCGCCGGCAAUGCGUGCACCUGCUCGUAUCUCGUAUGCAGAAUCGUCGGACUCUGAUCCACUCAGCGACAUUGAAUCUGACACACGCUCACCGCUUCCAUCUCCUGUUCCUUCUCUAGGUGGCUCCCAGCAUGACUAUGAUUAUGACUCGGAAGAUUAUCGUGCAUACCCUGAGGCUGGCCACGGCUUCGAUGUUCCCAUGUCGGCGGAUGAUCUUGACAUCAUGGCCGAGGACGAGCACUACCCUGCGUUCAGUCAUGCCAUUCGGGGGGCUUACAAGGCCCAAAAACAAAUCUUAGAACCUUUUGGCCAACGCGAGCAAUGA